AUGAAACCAAUACAAUUCAUGCCUCGGACUCAUAUUUUGGAUACGACUCGGAAACGGACCGGACAACUGGAAUACAGGAUUGGGACAUGGAAUAUUAGAUCACUUUAUAAACCAGGCGCACUUAAGUCUAUAAGUGAUGCGGUGAAGAAAUACAAGAACGUUCAAAUAGUGGCGCUGCAGGAGGUCAGGUGGCCAGGGGAGGGAGACAUGAGAACCAAUGGAAUGACAUUAUUUUAUAGUGGAUCAUCCAAUGGAAAGUAUGAGAAUGGAGUGGGUUUUUUAGUAAAUGACCAGUUGUUACCUUCUAUAAAGAAAUUUACUCCAGUAAAUGAUCGCAUCUGUCAUAUUCGUAUAGCCGGUAAACAAUAUGACAUUAUACUGAUAUGUGUAUACUCACCCACAGAAACGGGUGAAGAAGACCUGAAGGAUAUGUUUUAUGAUGAAUUAGAAAGAGUGUACAAUGGUCUAUCAGGACACUGUUUAAAAAUUAUAUUAGGGGACUUUAACUCACAAGUUGGGCGAGAAACGAUAUAUAGACCUACAAUUGGUAGUGAGAGUAUACAUGAUUUGAGCAAUGGAAACGGCACCAGAUUAGUUGAAUUCGCAAUAGCUAAUGGACCUCAUAGUGAGCAGUAG